GGGUCUUUCCUAAAACGAAAAAAAAACCACUUCCGCAUUAAAGCGUGAAAGGAUAGAUUUUUUUUCCGCUCUAAGUAAGGGAACGUGCGAAUGUUAUGUGCAUGUUGGUUGUAGAGGGAGCUGAAGGAUGGAGGAAUGUGUGGAUGGGGCCGUAGUGGAAGCGGGGAAGUGCAGCGAGCAUGGCAAGAAGCUGGUGUACUUCUGCAAGGGGGAGAAACUGAGAGUUUGCAGCAAAUGUGCGAUUGUGGGAUCGCACCAAGGACACAUUGUGGUCCCAGUAGAAGAGGCGCUGAGUGAACUGAAGGACUUGCUAUCUGCACGCUCCAAGGACUUGGAAUCCAAGAGUUUGGAGCAGAGUUUAAGACUGGUGGAGAUUGACCGAAAUGUGACAACAGCCAAGGAGGAGAUUGAGAUGCUCCAGCAUCAGGUAGGAGAUAAUUUUGCUGCUUUGCGGAAUUUCCUGGAUGCGGAGGAGAAGGCUUUGAUGGAGGAGAUGGCCACUGAGGCACAGGGGACCUUGGAAGAGCUGGACAGAUUGAGGUCGGAAUGCUUGCAGAGGAUGGGAAGCCUGAAGAGGCUGGCGGAGCCCUUGAACUCAACACUGCAGACUGACAACCUGAGAGAAAUUCUGAAGGUGCUGAACACUACCUCUGAUGGAUCCGACUGUUGUGAAACCAUGAAUGACCCCAUUGUCCGUUUUAAGGGUGAGAAAUUUCAUGGCCCGCUGCAGUACAGUGUUUGGAAGAAGAUGUUUCAAGUAAUUCAGACAGUGGCUGAACCUUUCACCUUGGAUCCUUUGACUGCUCAUCCUCAUCUUGAAGUCUCACCAAACCAGCGCUCCGUGACUCCACGUCGUGAAGCUUUGCCAGUUGCUUAUGCAGAUGGUCGAUUCGACACCUCUCUGUGUGUCCUCGGCAAUGAGCCGCUCUCUACGGGACAGCGCUACUGGGAAGUGAGCGUCAGAAACAGUGCCAAGUGGGAUCUCGGCGUUGCCUACAGCUCUAUACCUCGUCACGGGGACCUCAUGUACAGGCCCAGCAGAGGUAUCUGGUGCUUGACAUUGCGAGAAGGCUGUAUCUAUGAAGCCUGUGAUGAGCUUGACAUUGAGCUGCAUAUCCAGCACAAGCCUAGUCGAAUUGGUGUCUACGUGGACUACGAGGGCGGUGUGGUAUUGUUUUUGGAUGCUGAGACCAUGCAAAUGAUUCAUGUAUUCCGAGCAUCUUUCACAGAACAGCUUCUGCCUCUGUAUAGCCCGUGCAUCGUGGAGAAGUCCUCGAAUGAACAGCGAAUCACCAUUUUCAAAUUAAUUUUGUAAUGCCACGGGACUCGCUGCUCAUUGUUGGAAUGUAUUGUCUAAAUUUAUAACUGGGAAGAGAAUAAAGCUCAGUUUCAAUUUUGUUCA